UUCCCGGUACUGAUGGUAGUAGGACUUCUGAACCAAAUCGUCCCCACGGAAGGCCAUGGACCUUUGUGGAAAUUUUUCAUGGACAUCAGAGCGGAAGGGUUCUCAUCCACGUGGGGGUAUUACCUCGGUGGAGUUCACAACUUUAUGAACCCUCAGUACAUAAGCAAUCCCCAACACUGGUACAGCGGAGUCGACUUCCAGCUCUACUGUCUUACUGUCUACUUCGUUAUGAAACUUGAGAGGACAGGAAGACAGAGCGCCCUAAUCGCCUUAGCGCUGGGGGCCAUGGUUCUGACCUACGUUCAAACUGAGCUCAUGGAUCUUCCAGCUGGGCUGCUCUACUUUGUGCCUCUCGUACCGUUCCGGUCUGCUUCAAAAAUUUGGAAGAUCUACUACACGCCGCACGCUCACUUCCCUUCGUACGUCCUAGGAAUCCUAACAGGAUUUCAUUACUCAAGGCACGGGGCUUGGCGACCCGGAAAAAGUUUGCAAGCGGUCCUGUGGCUGGCGUCUGUACUUGGCAUGUCCUUCGCUCUGUUUGGCUCCAAAAUGUGGGUCCCGAACAAUAUUCCAUCGACUGCCACUACAGCCCUGUUCGCCGCAACGCAUCGCUUCCUGUUCAGUCUGGGUGUUUCUUGGCUGAUAUUUGCUUGCCUUACUGGCAGAGGAGGAUUCAUAACAAGCGUCCUCUCUUGGAAAAUGUGGCAGCCGUUCAGCAAACUGUCCUUCAGCGCAUAUCUCAUCCACGAUUUUAUAGUGUAUUUUCAGUGGCUAAGCCUCCGGAGCAGAAUAAGUGGAAAAUCAUUUCACAUGGCGAGCAUGGUAGCAGGGAACUGGAUAUUCAGCUUCGUGGCCGCGUGGUUUUUUCAUGCCACCAUUGAGAAGCCUAUCGCUCUCGUUGUCUCGUGCAUCGAGCGUCGGAUGGUAGAACAGACAGGCAGAUCACAGGAAGAGGAAAGCGACCGCCAGCAUCGCGACAAAAGAAAUAAAAAUAUUUAAUACU